ACAUGUCCCAAAAAGGUGUCCCCUCUCUGUUGAGAUGCCUCUGUUGGCAAGUACCCGGUAUUCGGUAACUGCAACGUAUAAGAUGUUCCUCUUGUAGAGUUUUUUAUCAUUACUUUCUAAACAAAGACUGAAAAUGAUGCGGCUGAUCUUACUAAGCGCCCUGAUUAGUGUAGUAGCCAGUGCUAGCUGUCCUACUGGGUGCUCGUGUCGAAAUCGUUAUGUCGACUGCAGCGGUAGGCGACAUACCACUAUGCCUGAUUUUUCUUCCCUAGGUGUCGCUUCGAACUAUGACACUUUAGAUAUGAGAAAUAACAACCUGACCACGUUGGACAAUGCAAGUUUUGUCGGUGCCCCCUUCGAAACGGUUUAUUUAUCACAUAAUAAUUUGGCCGACAGAUUUAUUUCAGCAGGUGCUUUUGAAGGAUUAGUUGAUUCUGUCAAAAUUCUUGAUCUUGGUUUCAACAAUAUUCAGAAACUGCCAACUGCCCUGAAAGAGUUAAACAUGAUUGAAGAACUGGAUGUAUCGCAUAAUCCAAUGCGGUUCUCAAACUCCUUCCCUGCUGACAUUAUGAGAGCUAUGGGAGAUACGAUCACUGCUUUCACUUUCGGAAACAACCAGUUGGUCAGCUGGCCAGAGUCUUUGAAUCACUUUGUUCAGCUUCAAAAACUUCAUGUGGAUCAACUUGGAUCAUUCAUGCAAGUCUUAACUCCAGAAGCAUUUCACGGCUUUGAAACAACACUUUUAUACUUGAAGAUAGAGAAUACUAAUUUAAUCGCUGUACCCAUUGGAAUAAGCAAGCUCAAAAAUCUAGAAGAGCUUCAUUUUGACGACAACCCCCAGAUAACCGAUAAAGGUGUUCUUAUCCAGUCGUUUCCGCUAAAAUUUGAACCACCCAAACUCAGGAUAGUCAGCUUGGAUGGUGAUGGUCUGACUAAAUUUCCACCAGUUCUGAAAUAUCUUAGAGCCCUUGAUAAACUAAGCCUAGACAGAAACCUGCUUGAUUUUCUAAGCGACGCUUCUAUAGAAGGUAACGUUACGGCCACAGAGUUGUCAUUGGUCAACUGUGGUUUGGACCGAAUCCCAGGAGCGCUCUCUGAUUUACAUUACCUUACUCAUCUCGAUUUGUCCCAAAAUGACAUAAAAACAAUCGAACAUAACGAUCUCGAGAACCUUCCAACCCUUGAGCAAUUGGUCAUUCAAAACGCCUCUCUGGAAUACAUUUCGAAUAACGCCUUCGCAGCUUUGCACCACCUUGUUAGCUUGGAUUUAAGGCUAACUAAUCUUAAACAGGUUCCCAUUGCCCUAAAUCUGAUGCAUCCAUGCCCUGCCAAAGUGGACCUCAUCGGAAAUAAAGUAGAUUGUAUGUGUGAGACCCUUGUGUGGCUGGCAACUAAGACUGAGUGGUGCCAGGCCCAAGGAUCGCCAAUGGACAUCACAGGGGACUGCGACACCAUUGACUCCACAGUGAAAAACUAUGUUGCGAAGUACAUCCCAAAUUGUCCUCAAUACAAAGUUGACCACAACAUUGCACCGUAUAACCACGGCUAAUUUCUUUUUGCAUUAAUUUAAGCAUUUAUUUUCACCUGUGUUCUUUCAUUUAAAAUUGCUUGGAUUUUUUUUUUGUAAAACGAUACAUUAACAACUAACCUUCA